AUGGAUUCCACGACUCAACUUCAGGCAACAACCAGUAGCGACUACGAUGAACUCACAGGAAUCGACGCGUUUUGUGGCGAACCUUUAAUGGUAAGGUUUACUAUUUUUUAUCUAAAUUUAGGGUUUAUUGUCAAAAUAAGUCUCAAUGUUGAUGUUUUGCUUCGAUAUUAGCUAAUUAUUCAUUUUUUAUAUAGGUUUUGUUAUUUAAGGAAAUUUUAAAUUUUUUUGUUACCUAAAAAUUAAUGUAUCUUGGAUCAGUUUUUUGUAUUAUAAUUUACAAAUUUAGACUCCAGGAUGGCUAAACAGCACAUCUUUGCCAGUAAUGACGCAAUGCUUUCAACAUACGAUAAUGGUGUGGCUACCAUUCAUAUUUGUGAUGGCAAGUGCACCAAUAACAAUAUUUCGGAUAUCUAUGAAGAAAAAUCAACCGUUGCCGUGGACUCAAAGGUUAUCUGCGAAGUUGGUACGUUUUUUAGAUUAUAUUUGUUCAUUAUAAGCUUUUCGAAAUUUUAGGUAACAUUGACUAUAAGUCUACAUUUUAACAUAAAUUUAAAAAUAUAUGGGACUUUUCUACAAAAAAAAAGAAAAGUCCCAUAUAUUAUAACUUUAUAAUUUUAGACAAUAUCAUGUUUACUCAUCCUGGAUUCAGCCUUUUUGUUUUUACUAGCAUUCUACGAAGCUUUAGGGGAAGGGAUCUUGAACACAGUUGAUUUCGUGUAUCCUUUGAUGGAAUGCUUUUCAAUGGUAAGCUAUUCUGCUAUUAUUUGUAUUUUAUGUUUAGAUAUUAAUGGCAACGUUUACCUUGGCUUGUCAAAGGUACGGCAAAGUAACUUCUGGAGGAAUGUGGUUAACAUGGUUGAUAUUUGCGAUUUGUGGUGUUCCUGAGUUACAGUACUACCUAAAUCUAGGAUUCAGUCCUUCCGUAAGUGAUGGUUUUGGGUCAUUAAGAUAAAUAAGUAACUACUGUUUUUUUAGUAUUUAUAAGGAGUAAGUUUAAAAUCUUAUUUAAUUUAUGAGUUUACUUGACAUUUUUGAUGACUAUGUUUUCUAGCAAUUGCAUGCUCAUGAAGUACCUCGGUAUAUCUCGUUUUUGAUUUGGUAUCCGUGUAUUUUAAUACAAUUGGUCUUGUUCUCAUACGCCGAUAUUCCUGGGUCGGAUCGUUACAAGAGGAUCUCACACGAGGUAUGUUAUCGUAAGAGUUGUUUCCAUGUUGUUGGACUUUGUAUUGAUCUCUUAAUUUACUGAUAUUUUUGAUGAAAUAUUUUAUAGAAGAUAUCCGAAGAAACAUUUUCUUCGUUUCCAAAUCGUCAAUGUAUGUGGUGGUUCAACAAGAUCUGUGCAAUUGGGAUUAGGAAACCUCUUGAGGUCUCGGAUUUAUAUUCUUUGAACUACGACGACACUUCUGCUUCAUUAGUACCCAGGUGGAAUAUGCUGUGGAAUAGUGCGAUGAAAAGUAAGUCCUAUAUUAAAGACGAUAGGUUUUUGAAAAUUCGGCAGUUUCCACAAUAUUGCAUUGACUUACAUAUGAUAAUUUUGUAUUUUAAUCAGUGGAUUUUUUACACUUUUGGUGUACUGUUCUGACCUUAAUUUUCAUCUUUUUAGAGUACAACGAAAAAAGGUCUCAAGAAUCUCGUCGUCGUAGUUUCAUCCAUCAAUCAGAAUCUGACACGACUCCUCUUCUCACAGCUAAUAUUGACAGACCUGACACCAACUUGUAUGGCACCACAUCAUCUCAAGUACCACGAUCUCAGGUUGAACCACCGUCAAUACUUUUGCGACUACUAUGUAUGUUCAAAUGGGAUGUUAUAGCUGCGAUGAGUAUUAAAUGCGUUUCAGAUGUGUUGGUAUUUGCCAAUCCGCAACUGCUGAGGUAAGUUUUAUAUAUCAUCUGAACUUUGUAUUAUUACAUUUGCUAAUAAUAUUGACUUUUGUAUAUUUUAAAACUCAUUUGUGUUUUAGUGCUUUGAUCAAGUUCACAGAAGAUGACACUUCACCUAUGUGGCAUGGUGUUAUGUUGGCGUUAGGAAUGUUUUGUGCAUCUGAAUUCAGUUCUUUGUUACUCAACAAUUACUAUUAUUUGAUGUACAGGGUUGGGACAAGGGUACAGUCUGUGCUUACUUCAGCUGUUUAUAGAAAGGUAUGGUACUUUGUAUAUAAUAUUGAGUAAUUUCAAUAUUUUUUUUGUAUUUUGUUGGUAAUGCUGUGAAAAAGUAGACUUUAACUAACGUCAUGAUAAUGUUUUUGUUAUCUAAAGUUCAGCAUAUUAUUUCUAAAAACAUUACUCAAAUGUUUUAGACGAUGAGAUUGUCAAACUCGGCCAGAAGAGAAAAGACUGUUGGUGAGAUAGUCAACUUAAUGGCAAUUGACAUUGACAGAUUCCAACAAAUUACCCCAGCAACUCAACAAUAUUGGUCGACUCCGCUACAAAUCGGGCUGGCUUUGUAUUUCUUGUGGAAACAGAUUGGUAUUGCUGUGAUUAGUGGAGUCUUCGUCAUGUUCCUGCUUUUGCCUAUUAAUUUUUUGAUCACAAUGCAGACCAGGAAGUAUCAGGUAAAGCAGUGUUACAAUAAUGAAGAUUUAAGUGUAAAAUUAUAGAAAAUGUUUAAUGACAAUCUUGUUGAAUGUUUUCAAUAUAGAAACGUGUCUUUUACAGGUCAAGCAAAUGCAUGUAAAAGACGAGCGAACCAAGAUGGUGAAUGAAGUGCUAAACGGAAUUAAAGUGAUCAAGUUGUAUGCCUGGGAACCUCCGAUGGAAAGCGUUAUCAACGAUUUGAGGACCAGAGAAUUGUCACUAAUCAGGAAGGCCGCGUUUCUCCGUACGUUCUCUGAUAUGCUGAAUACAGCAUCACCGUUCUUGGUGGCCGUUUCCACAUUCACAACCUUCAUUCUGUUGGAUUCCGACAACAUUCUGACUCCAGAGAUUGCAUUUGUGUCACUGACAUUGUUCAAUCAGCUGAGAACUCCCAUGAGUACGGUAGCUGAACUCAUCUCUCAGACAGUUCAGGUUUAUGUGAGUAACAGAAGGUUGAAAGAGUUUCUGGUGGCUGACGAGUUGGAGGAGUACGUGGAGAAGGCUCCUGGAGAAAGUAAGCCGGUUUUACACAUUUUUGUAGUCAAACUUGUUAAUAUCUAACCUUCAAUAUAACGUUUCCAAAGAACAUUGAUAAUCUAAAACUAUAUUUUAGAUGUUCACAUGGAUGAUGAUGUCAUUGUGGUGCAACAAGCCAAUGUUACAUGGGAUCGUACUGAGCCAGUACCGUCUCUUAGUGGCCUAAACAUAUCUGUACCUCGAGGUCAGUUGAUCGCAGUUGUCGGCAAAGUUGGCGCUGGCAAGAGUUCACUAUUAAUGUCAUUACUAGGAGAAAUGGAACGGUUACGAGGAAAGAUCGGCGUUCACGGUACGGUAGCUUACAUACCACAACAGCCAUGGAUGCAGAAUGGUUCAGUACGACAUAACAUUGUGUUUGGAAAACGAUUUGAUGAGUAUUUCUACGGUCGUGUGAUGGAUGCGUGUGCAUUAUACCCAGACAUGAGUAUUCUGACUUCUGGAGAUAUGACUGAAAUCGGAGAAAAGGUAAAGUUUUGUUUUAUCUUUUGGUUAUUUGAGUAUAACGUUAAUAAUUGGAAGUGUUGUAUAAUGUUACCGUGUGUUGUUAUUAAGGAUAUUGGAUUGUAGGGUAUUAACGUGUCUGGAGGACAAAAGGCUCGUAUCAGUUUGGCUCGUGGAGUGUAUCAAAACAGAGAUGUUUACCUUCUUGACGACCCGUUGUCGGCUGUAGAUGCAAAUGUUGGAAAACAGUUGUUUACGAAUGUAAUAGGACCAGAAGGAAUGUUGAGAAACAAAACUAGAAUCUUGGUUACUCAUGAACUUUCAUACCUAAAAUACGCCGAUCUUAUUCUCAUCAUGGCAGGUGAGUCAGAGUUUUGUUACAAUGUUACUUUACGAUAGUUCUGUUGUUAUUUCAUCUGUUAAAUCUGUUGAUUUUAGCAUUGUUUUUCUUGAUGUUGUUAUUAAUCUAUGUAGUAAUUUUUACUAAUAUAUUGUCUUUAAGAUGGCAAAAUUCAAUCCGAGGGUUCAUUUGCCGAACUUGCUCAAACAGGUGCAUUUACUCAGUUAUUAGAAGAAUGUAAAGAAGAACAACUAAUUGCGCAAACCACGGCAGCUCCAGAAGAUUCAGAUGAAUACUCAGAAUCGGAUUCUGAAGACAUUUUUGAAGACGACGAGAAUACAGUGGAUAAGAUGUUGGGAACAAGUGCGUUAAGUACAGUAUCAGGCAUUGUAACUCGCAGGAGGAAGCUUUCAAGUACACGAUACUCAAGAAGAAGACGGCAUUCAACUACAAGAGAUUCUGUCAUUUCUACUGAAAUCGGGGGACGACAGUUGACCGGCACGGAGAAGGUGGAGACUGGCAGGGUAAGUGUUUAGCGCUAUGAGAAUAAUUGUACAUAUUUUUGUUACUUUUAUAUUGUGAUCUUGUUUGUAGCUUGUUCUUUUGAAUACGAUUGUUCAAGUUUAUCAAGAUUGUUAUAAUGAUUGUAUUUUAGGUGAAGCCAAUUGUUUAUUUCAAGUACUUCCAAGCUAUGGGAUUCUUUUUGUCAUUUUUAUUUGCUUUCGGAAUGUGUACAUCUACAAUUGCGUCUAUGUUGAGGAAUUUAUGGUUGACCGACUGGUCGAACGACAACGCCAAAUUAGUUCAAAACUCAUCUAGCGUACCAAAAAUGGAUGUAGGAAUACGAUUGGGUGUUUAUGCUGCUAUUGGUUUUAGUGAAGGUAAGACCUAUCUUGUUUGUUAAUUACAAUAUUAUUUAUAAAUUUAUGUAAAUUAUUUUAAGGUAGCAUUGACUUCUUUACAAAAUGAUUACAUAUUACUGUAUAUUUAACUUCUUAAUUACUGCGUUUUCAGUUGGCCUUGUAUUCUUCGGUAUGUCAGCGUUGUUAUUUGGUGGGGUAUCAGCCUCGAGGAACUUGCACGCUCCACUUCUUCGUGCUAUCUUUAGAGCUCCGAUGAAGUUCUUUGACACAACUCCAUUUGGUCGUAUCUUGAACAGAAUCGGCAAAGACAUUGAAACCAUCGACUUUUUGUUACCGUACAACGUUCAGUUCUUCUCUCAAUGUGUACUACAAGUUGUGUCGACCUUGUUGAUCAUCAUGAUCUCAACGCCAAUCUUUGGAAUUGUUGUCAUUCCAUUGACUGUUAUGUAUCUGAUUGUACUGGUAUGUUCAAUUUUUAUGUCGUAUUUUUUUUUAUUACUGUAUACUGUGACAAACUUAAAAAAUAUUUUUUCAGAGGUAUUACAUUGCCACAUCUCGGCAGCUGAAGCGUCUUGAAUCCGUGACGCGAUCUCCAAUCUACUCUCAUCUUUCUGAAUCUAUUAAUGGAGCAGCGACGAUCAGAGGUUAUAACGCAGUAGGGCGAUUCUGUAGGAUAUCAGAACACAAAGUGGACACUCAUGUACAAUGUCGCUAUCUGAACUAUGUUGCAAACAGAUGGUUGUCGAUUCGUUUGGAGUUCAUUGGAAACUGCGUGGUCUUGUUUGCUGCUUUAUUCGCUGCAUUGACCAAAGAAUCGACCAGUGCUGGAGUGCUUGGUUUGAGUGUGUCGUACUCAUUAAAUGUAAGAUUUUGUCACUUUGUUAAAUAUUUGGUUUGCUUUAUACACAUAUCGCGCUUUUUACAACUUCUUUAGUUAAUUCUGCUUAACGGUUAUUCAUUUUUACAAUCUGUCAUUUUAGAUAACAUUCGUGCUCAACUUUGCCGUCCGUCAGAUCAGUAAAUUGGAGACAAACAUUGUCAGUGUCGAGAGAGUAAAAGAAUAUUCUGAAACACCUCCAGAAGCACAAUGGGUAACGGACAAGACGCCGCCUCCAGGUUGGCCACGAACAGGAUCAAUCGAAUUUAAGGAUUAUUCGACCAGAUAUCGACCAGGACUGGAUUUGGUAGUAAAAGGAAUUAAUGUUAAGAUUGAAUCAGGACAAAAGAUUGGCAUUGUUGGGCGGACUGGAGCUGGAAAGAGUUCUGUCACCUUGGCUUUGUUUAGAAUGAUUGAACCGGUUUCUGGAAAGAUUAUCAUUGACAAUGUCGACGUUUGUGGUAGGUUCCAAUGAUGAUUAGUGUUAAAAAUAGUUUAUGUCGUAUUGUAAUUUUUGAUAUACAAAUUGAUAUGGUAUAGUUAAGUUUAUGCCAUUCUUAUACUAUCUUAUGUUUGGUUUUGAUGUAAGAACUGUGUUUUUUCAGAACUUGGACUUCAUGACCUCCGUUCCAACAUUACUAUCAUUCCACAAGACCCAGUACUGUUCUCGGGUAGUCUUCGUUUCAAUCUGGAUCCAUUCAACAGAUACACCGACGAUGAAAUCUGGAGGGCGUUGGAUUUGGCCAAUCUGAAGAACUUUGCCGCCGCUCAGCCACAACUUUUACUGCACGAGAUUACAGAAGGCGGCGACAACAUCAGGUAAUACUUCCGUUUCAGUUUUGUUUUGCUAUUGUUGGAGCUACAAUGGUAAUGCUGUUUUGAGCAGUUAUCAUGCAUAAAUUAUUUACUCAUUAAAGAGUUUGUUAUUUUAAGUUUAAAAUUCAUGAUCUAUUAUACUUUUAGUGUUGGACAACGACAAUUAGUAUGUUUGGCGAGAGCAUUGCUACGUAAGACCAGAUUACUCGUCCUCGACGAAGCUACAGCAGCUGUAGAUAUGAAUACAGAUGCCUUGAUUCAACGCACAAUCCGAGAAGAAUUCAAAGAAUCUACCGUAUUCACCAUAGCCCAUCGACUAAAUACAAUCUUGGACUACGAUAGGUUAGUAUUUCUUUUUUUUAAUGACAUUUGGUAUUAAAUAUUGAUUUUGCAAUAAUUUUUUAUAACAUGACGUAUUUACAGAAUCAUCGUCCUGGACGCCGGUCGAAUCCGUGAAUUUGACACUCCCGAGAACCUUCUGGCCGACAAACAUACCAUCUUCUCGGGCAUGGUACGACAAUCUCAGACGGCCUCAGCAAGUGCACCAUUACCAUCAACGUCAUCGUAA